AUGAACGUGGGCACGGCGCACAGCGAGGUGAACCCGAACACCCGGGUGAUGAACAGCCGCGGCAUCUGGCUCUCCUACGUGCUGGCCAUCGGGCUCCUCCACGUCGUGCUGCUCAGCAUCCCCUUCGUGAGCGUCCCUGUCGUCUGGACCCUCACCAACCUCAUCCACAACAUGGGUAUGUACAUCUUCCUGCACACGGUGAAGGGGACCCCCUUCGAGACCCCGGACCAGGGCAAGGCAAGGCUGCUGACCCACUGGGAGCAGAUGGACUACGGGGUUCAGUUCACAGCGUCGCGGAAGUUCCUGACCAUCACCCCCAUUGUGCUGUACUUUCUCACCAGCUUCUACACCAAGUACGACCAGAUCCAUUUCGUCGUCAACACUGUGUCUUUGAUGAGUGUGCUCAUCCCCAAGCUGCCCCAGCUCCACGGAGUCCGGAUUUUUGGAAUCAAUAAGUACUGA